GGACCAUAAAGCCAUCACAAAAGCCCCACCGUCACGCGGACCCGCGACUUGUCCUCACACGGCUCCCGCCGGCUCCUGCCCCGGCUAUACUCUCCCCCCACGGCGCUCCCCCGCUGCUCGCCGGCUUCCUUCCGCCAGCUCCAGUCCGCUCGCCAUGAAGAUCGCGGUGGAGGGCUGCAUGCACGGGGAGCUGGACAUCGUCUACGACACGCUUCGCAGGCUCGAGGAGGCCGAGGGGAUCAAGAUUGACCUCCUCCUCUGCUGCGGCGACUUCCAGGCUGUUAGGAAUAAAGAUGAUUUACGAUGUGUUAAUGUCCCACUAAAGUAUCGUGCCAUGAACUCAUUUUGGAAGUACUACUCAGGACAAGCAGUUGCCCCAUACCCAACCAUCUUUAUCGGUGGAAAUCAUGAAGCAUCCAAUUAUCUGUGGGAAUUGUACUAUGGAGGAUGGGCAGCACCUAACAUAUACUUUUUGGGGUUUUCUGGUGUUGUUAAGUUUGGAAACAUCCGAAUUGGUGGACUAUCAGGAAUACAUAAGCAACACAAUUAUCACUCAGGACACUAUGAGAGGCCUCCAUACAAUGAACAGACUAUACGGUCCGUGUACCAUGUAAGGCAUUAUGAUGUUCUCAAGCUCAUGCAUGUGAAGGAGCCACUAGAUAUAUUCUUAUCACAUGAUUGGCCUCUGGGCAUUACUGAGUAUGGGAACUGGCAGAAGCUCAUUAGAGCGAAGAAGCACUUUGAAGAAGAGGUUAACAAUAGAACGCUAGGUAGCAAACCUGCAGCUGAAUUACUGAACAAACUAAAACCGCCCUACUGGUUUUCAGCACAUUUGCAUUGCCGGUUCCCGGCUAUCAUCCAACAUGGAGAGAAUGGACCUACAACGAAGUUUCUUGCCCUUGAUAAGUGCCUUCCUGGGCGGAAUUUUUUGCAGGUUAUAGACAUUCCAUCCAAUCCAGGACCACAUGAAAUCCAGUAUGAUGAAGAAUGGCUUGCGAUAACAAGAAGAUUCAAUAGCAUCUUCCCCUUAACUCGAAGGCGCUUUUCUAUUCGGGAUGAGCAGCUUGACACUCAAGAUGACCGAGAAUGGGUUCGGAACAAGUUGAAUACUAGAGGGGUUAAGCCAUUUGACUUUGUCCAGACUGCACCAUCUUUCAAUCCUUCCAAUCCAGUCUCCAAUUCCUCCAUAACAAGAAGUUGCAGGAAUCCACAAACUGAGUCUUUCCUCCAGCUUCUGGAACUCCCAUAUCUGUUGGAUUCAUCUAACUCUGAGGAGGUCGAUAGAAACCAGUCAAGCUCUCAGCCAGGAAACACGCUUGAUGAUGAAGAUAUAGAACUGCCGGAUGAAGAUGAAGAUGCCAUAGAUGAAUAGACGAUGAUGAGUGAAUGAGCUGGAGUAGCUGGACAAGUUCCGUUGCACCAUCCCAGUUGCAGGGUUUACCUUGAUGGAUGGCUUUGUCUCUGUAGAGAGAGGAACUCAAAUGUACUAGAUUGUAGUGACAUAGCUGCUUGGUUAGGGGAGAAUGUCUUCGCAGGCUAGCCCAAUGCAAACUUUCUUGGGUGUUGAAUUGUUGGUGUCCUUCAAAGUUCAAACUACAUUCACACUGAUUGUUCAGCUAACUCACAAAACAUGUGUAUUUGGUGGAAAAUGUUAACCCAAAUGACAUCUUCUACUAGCAAAGUCGAGUUCAACUUCCUAAAACCAUCUGGUUUAAACAUACAUGUGUAACUCCUAGUCUCGUUUCUAGAAGAUUGCUAUGUAUGAAUGCUCAAUACUUUGGAUCA